CAGGAACUUCGAGAAAGAAGACUUCUUGACUAUUCAUCAUGGCAGCCAUGGACAAACUGAGAAGCAAGAAAACAGAAAUUAUUGACACUUUGAGUGGAGACCGUCGAAUCUUUGACAAAGUUCAACAGGGAGGUGUCUUAACUCUACGUGAGUACAGAAACGUCACCAACAUCAACAGAGCGACUGAAGAGGGGCACGUCAUUGCACUUGUGGAUAAGAUCAUGAAUAAAGGAGAGGAGACCUGCCAAAAGUUCCUGAACCUCCUGCAAACUGAUGAAGACAUUAAAUCAACUUACUCAGCGUUGGAGAGGAUACUAACAAACACCUGCAUUUUACCUACGCCUGUCCAAGCAGCUUCUUCUGAUAACCUUGAUGGUGAUUCACAAGAGAGCAAAAGACAAAAGAAGGACGAGCCUUAUCAGUUGAACAGCCAGCCCGUCGGCCUCUGUGUGAUCAUGAACAACGAGAAUUUCAAGGAUAAAACAAUGAGAAGAGGAACUGACAAAGAUGCUCGACGUUUGGCAGAGGUGUUCAGCAGGCUGGGGUUCAGAGUCCUGAUGUGUAAAGACCAAGAAACGGACCAGAUGGUUCGUGCACUGAAAUACUUUGCUUCUCCGGGUGACCUGUCUCAGCUGCAGGAGUUCAAUGCAAAGGAAUGGUCUGGCAGUGAAUUCACUGAUCCUCAGGAGGCUCCUAAACAUGGCGAUGCCUUCAUCUGCUGUGUUCUGAGUCAUGGAACAAAGGGUGUAGUUUUAGGGACUGAUAGGAAGCACCUCUCCAUUAAUGAAAUAAUUAGCACAUUCAAGGUGACAGAUGACUCAGCCCUCACCGGCAAACCCAAAGUGUUCCUGAUCCAGGCCUGCCAGGGGGCUUGGCUACAACCAGGAGUGUUAACACCAGAUCUGCAGACUGAUGACUCUGAAUCAGUGUUCAACCUUGAUGAAGCUGAUUUUCUAGUUGCCAUUGCCACUGUUGAAGAUUAUAAAUCAAUAAGACACACAAUUCAUGGAAGCUGGUUUAUCCAGUCUGUGUGUCAGAAGCUGGAGGAGGAUUGUCCGAGGGGUGAGGACAUUUCCAAAAUCUUUUACCGUGUGAAGAGUGAAGUAAGCUUGAAAGAGGGUUCCAAGACACCAGGUGCAGUCAAGCAGAUGCCUGAAACCAGGGACACGCUAACGAAGAGACUUGUGUUGUUACCGCGUCACAACUGAAGCUUAAUCUCUACAAAUCAUUCAAACACCCUUAUGUCUUAAACUAGGGAUGUCUUUUCUUAAAUAUAUGUAUUUAUCUUUUAUCUCUCAUUGUCACUAUAAAUCUUUAUUUUUUAAAUAAUCCUUUUAAAUAUUUUAAAUUCCAUAUUUUCUCAAUAAACAUUUUU